GGGCUUCUGUAGUGUAGCAUGUGACCACGUGACCGGUAUUAGUUUCAGCUGUGUCUGCUCUCCUUCUCUUCCUCCUCCCAUUUCAAUUUUAACCAUAUUUAACAUUUUUAAAAAGGCGUAAAAAAGCGUCUAAGACGCCCAGCUUCGGCCAUUUGUCGCUAAAUUUAACAAAAUGACGCACAGUCGCUGCUUUUCCCGGAAGAUGCUGUUGAACAGCGUCUUAAUCUGCGUCACUCUGUGCAGCGACCUGAGCUGCGGGUUUUUUGCUGCAUCUUCCCGGAGACCAAACAUUGUUUUAAUCCUCACAGAUGACCUGGACGUGGCUAUCGGGGGCUUGACCCCUCUGAGCAAGACUAGAAGACUAAUAGGUGAUGCAGGAAUAUCUUUCACAAACGCAUUCGUGGCCAGUCCUCUGUGCUGUCCCAGUCGAGCCAGUAUCCUGACUGGGAAAUACCCCCACAACCACCACGUCAUCAACAACACGCUGGAGGGGAACUGCAGCAGCAGAAGCUGGCAGAAGAGCGAGGAGCCUCACACCUUCCCCGCUUUACUGAAGACGUACGGCGGUUACCAGACCUUCUUCGCGGGGAAAUAUCUCAACCAGUACGGCCAUUCUGAUGCUGGUGGGGUGGAGCACGUCCCUCCAGGCUGGAGCUACUGGGUCGCUCUGGAGAAGAACUCUAGAUAUUAUAACUACACUCUGUCUGUGAAUGGGAGAACUCAGAAACAUGGAGCUGACUACAGCAGAGACUACCUGACAGACGUGCUGGCCAACAUGUCCCUGGAGUUCCUCCAGUAUAAAUCCAACUACCAGCCGUUCUUCAUGAUGGUGUCCACGCCGGCUCCCCACUCCCCCUGGACAGCAGCUCCUCAGUACCAGGACCGUUUCAACACCACCAAGGCCCCCAGGGACCCCAACUUUAACAUCCAUGGGAAGGACAAACACUGGCUGAUCCGACAGGCCAAAACUCCCAUGACCAACUCGUCUCUUCAGUUCCUCGAUAACACCUUUAGAAAACGGUGGCAAACUUUACUGUCGGUGGACGACCUGGUGGAGAAAAUAGUGAAGAAGCUGGAGGUCAGAGGUGAACUGGACAACACCUACAUCUUCUUUACCUCUGAUAAUGGCUACCACACAGGUCAGUUUUCUCUCCCGCUGGACAAACGGCAGCUUUACGAGUUUGACAUCCGAGUUCCUCUCAUGGUCCGAGGUCCGAACAUCAAGCCCAACCAGACCAGCAAGAUGCUGGUGGCGAACGUUGACCUUGGACCAACCAUCCUGGACAUAGCUGGCUUCAAUGUCAACAAAACCCAAAUGGACGGUGUGUCCUUCCUGUCUGCUAUGGAGAGGAAAGUGAACAGCAGUAGCUGGAGAACCGACAUCCUGGUUGAGUACGAAGGAGAAGGGAGGAGCGUUCCGGACCCCUCCUGCCCGCUGCUGGGACCUGGAGUGUCGGAGUGUUUCCCAGAUUGUGUGUGUGAGGAUUCCUAUAACAACACCUAUGCCUGCGUGCGCACCGUCACCCCCUUUGCCAACCUGCAGUACUGCGAGUUUGAUGAUAACGAGGUGUUUGUGGAAGUUUACAACGUGACCGCUGACCCGUACCAGCUGACCAACAUCGCAAAGACCAUCGAUCAGGAAGUUUUGGAGAAGAUGAACCACCGGCUGAUGGUGUUGCAGUCGUGCUCCGGACCGUCGUGUCGGACUCCUGGAGUGUACGAUGCCAGGUAUAAAUUUGACCCCCAGCUGCUGUUUCCUGCUCACAGCUGGAGGCCCGGCAGACUAAAACAGGCCAAGUAAAAAGAACAGAAGAUGGAGGGAGGACUUUCCUUGUUGCCUUGUUUUUGGGCCUCUUGGGUUGAGCCAGCUUCAUUUACAAAUGGUUGGAGGAGGAAGGUGGGUAACCAUAGCAACAGGAGGACCAUCUGGGUGUAAAACACGCCUUUAAAGGUAAAGUUUGGGCCCAAGCUUGAUUUAACUUGUGAGAUGUGCAUAAGCAAACUGUGAUUCUGUCAUUUUAUCUGUUGUCAAUAUUUGCUGUUUAACAAUCUGAAAGGUUUCAGCUCAGAUAUCCCACCAGCGUUUGUGAACGAUGAGCUAACAGCUAGGCACAGCAAGGUAAAAUCUCCACCCCACGGCAGGUGGUGUGCACGAGCAGACGGGAAACCGAUAACAACUUUAGCUGAUUUUCACACAACAGGUAACUAUUUAUGUUCAAGUUUUAGACGUUAAAACUAAACUCGUGUGCAAAUCACGGCUUCCUGCAGAGUUUUGGGAGUCUUUAGUUCACCUUGUUCACCACGUUAAUGUGAAACUGCUGGACUGUAGAUUAGAGUUGGGCCAUUUGCAUCAUUUUUCCCACUGCCAACCGUCAGUCCAAUAAAUGACGAAGAGCGAUUUAUUUGUGCACGUGACUCUUUGAGCGACAACAUGAUGCACAAACUGAUUUACAGUAGAAGUAGAAACGCUGAUUCUUUUUUUUUAUUCGAGCGCAACGCAAAUGUUAGCUGGAAGAGAAAGUUUGAUGUUUCUUUGUUCAAUUUUGUAUUUGUAGUUUGGUAGUGACGUAUAAAGGUCACGUGUUAAAAAGAAGUUAGGGACUUCCCGUUCCGAUACCGAUACCGGCCCAAAGACGCUAUCGGAUUAUAUCGGACUGCGUCGUAAAUCUCCGAUAUUAGCUGUACAUUCCGCUUUAAAUUCCAUUCCAGCAUUCCAAGUCCACGUGAUCAGAACAAGCUAGCAAAGUAGCAAGAAACAAUGCCGGCCAUGUGGCUGCAUUUUUUGUUAAAAGUCGGAAAAAGACAGCUUGGCUCAGCGCACCACUCGUCGUGCACAAGUUUCCCGUGGUGGAACGGAGCCGGGGAAGACUGUUACGUCCAACCUCAUCCUGCAUUUGAAGCAGGAUCACGAAACACUGCAGGAGGAUUUUCUCAGUGUGUGAAACUGAAACUUUAGACACUCGACUUGUAGCGGUUGGUCAGUGAACGAUAUUGUGUCUGAGACGUUCUCUGUUUUCUGGACGCUAAACCAACAACAGCCUUCCCCGUUGUAAGCCAAGAUGGAGGAGUCCAUGAAUGUUUCUCAAUGUCAAGGCGCCUUGCUUACGAGGACGCGGUCCUUCCUUGGUCAAAGAAAACUGUUAAAUGGAACAGACUUGCAUCACGUGACCGCGGCUUCCCACGGCGGUCACGUAACGUCACGUGACGCGGGAGAUAACGUUAUAUUUUAUACGUAUUAGUUUCAAUAUAAAUAUAUAACGACUUUUACUUUUUAAAUUGUGUAUAUGUUUAAAAAUUAAAUAUAUAAGUGAGUUACUACCCGCCAGCCACCGAAGCUGAAACUACUAAGCAACUAACCAAUCAUAGAUAACUUCUCUGGAUCUAUAAAAACAUUUUAAAUUAGCUGACUUACUUUUAAACUUGAAAAUUGUCCCCAAAGUAGCUGCCGGCUUCUGAUCCGCCGUCCUUUUGAAAAUACAGCGGUGCAUUCUGGGUAAUUUUUGACCAAGGCUAGGCUACAAGACACCUCCCGUGUAUCCUCGCUCAGCUAGCUAAACGGCUAACAAACGGAGAACACACGCCUCGGUAGAACAUGAACAUUGGAACACGUCUUGGCGGCUCCUGAUGACAUAUCUCCUAGGCAACCGGGGCGGGGCCAAGACAUCAAGGCAAGGUUCCUCGGCAUUGAGAAACACCCCCUCCCUCCUCGA